AUGACUCACCCCGAAGCUCAGUCACCUGUAACUCAAGUCAGCAAUAACGCAGACACCUCACUGCCAACAAUUCAUAAUCGAAUGUCCACAGCUCAAACCAUUACUUCACAAUCUGAAAACGUAACUUCAAGCUCUGGUGGCGAGUCAACAACGUCCUCCUUACCUUCAAAUAUCUCUCAAAAUGAUUCUUAUUUUGUCGAGCCAAGUAGUAACAAUAAUCCUGAUAAGAUCAGCUUGACUUUACUUUUGGUUUCAGGAAAGCGUCACACUUUCUUCUUUGACCCUAGUUAUACUGUUGCCAUGGUAAAAAAACAGAUCUUUAAUGAGUGGCCUGAAGAAUGGGCUGAAGAAGCCGUUCAAUCCGUUUCAUGUCUGAAGAUUGUCUAUCUCGGUCGAGUUUUGGAUGAUGGAACUACUCUUGAAGCCAACAAACUUCAACGGGGACAAUCAAUUAUUAUGCACCUAGCAAUCAAAAAUUCUAUAUCAUCGGAUAAUGACGACCCAAAAUCCUCUGAGAAUGCUCCAAAAUGUCAUUGUACGAUACUAUGA